CUCGUAGCCGCGCGCGGUGGCGUCGUUACCUUUGCCCCAGGCCCCCAGUGCAAUUUGCAUCCAACUUUAACUAGGUAGCAUCUCGUCUUAGUUUAAUGGCUGCUCUGCUGCGCCAUUUGCGGCAGUUCUAAUUUAGAUCCUUGCUGCCGCAAAACUUGAACGUACGGCUCGCCUGAUCUCCGGCCCUAUAAAUACGGAUCCAUCGAGUGCUAGCUCCUCCCAGGCAGCAUAAGCACAAGAAGCCAAAGUAGCUAAGUCUCAAUUAAGGAUCGAUCGAUAUGGCGUGGAGCGAGGCGGAGAACGAGAGGUUCGAGAGCGCGCUGGCGACUUACGACCCCGACAUGGCCGGCCGCUGGGAGCGCGUGGCGGCAGCCGUCGGCGGCGGCAAGACGGCCGACGACGUGAGGCGCCACUUCGACCUGCUCACGGAGCACGUCGGCGACAUCGAGUCCGGCCGCUACGGCUACCCCGACAACAACGGAGCCGCCAACAACGGCACUGCUGGUACCAACCAUCGCACCAACGGCAGAGCCAACCGCCCCCAGACCUGAUGCACAAGCGCGGUGAAAGCAUACUGCCUGCAUACGUAAUAUACCACGUAUAGUAGUGUACGCGCGCGCAAGCGCGGCGUGUGUGUGUAUGUACGCGUAUAUUCUCAAGUAUGUUUGGGUCUUGGAGUAUAUAUAUAGCUUUGUCGCGAGGCAAGGGCACGCACGUGUGCACCGUGCACAUUUCCUCUCUUGUCAUGGCUUGUUAGCUUGUACUACUGACUAAUGAAUGAAUGAAUGAAUGCGCUGUAUACGUAUUGCUGUUA